CGAUGCAUAAGUAACUUAGUAUAAAUUAAUUUUUCCACAAUUAUCAAAACAUUUACCCAGAGAAAACAAUGUGUGUUAUCUAAUAUUACUUACAUUGCAAGAAAGAUAAUCAGUCUAUCAUACUAUAUAUAGAAGGAAAGUGGUAAACUGUAACACAAUUUGUUAAGACAUUAAAAUGCCAAGUUCACACUUGUAUGCUAUAAAUAAUGAAGGGCGUGUAUUUGGAUUGUCUACAACUGGAAACAUGUGGAGAGAGUUCAUGUACUUGGGUCUUGAAUUUAAGCAGUUAUCUGCAGUACCACAUUUUAUGUGGGCUAUAGGUGGAGAUCGUCAGGUAUAUGUACAUGUGCAUGGUUUAGAUGUACCUAUAAGAAUCAAAGAAGAAAUAUAUGAAAAUGAACGUUGGCUUCCUUUAGAGGGAUUUUGUGGUAGAUUAUUACCUACAGAUAGGUAUAAUUUUUCUAAUCAAGAUGGUACAGUUGACCGUAGUAGAGAUAAAGUAAAAUUACCAUCCAUGGCAUGGCAGUGGGAAGGUGAUUGGCAAAUAGAAACUACAUUAGAUGGCCAACCACUGGAUCAUGAUGGAUGGACAUACGCAGUUGAUUUUCCAGCUACAUAUUCCACAAAAAAACAAUGGAAAUCCUGUGUUAGAAGAAGAAAGUGGGUACGGUAUAGAAGAUAUAGUGCCAUGAAUUCAUGGUGUGCUAUUGCACCUCUUCAUAAAGAUGCAACCAAGGAACCAUUCAUUGAUAUAUCUGUGGGUGGAAAUCAAGUACCUGGAAGUAGUUCUGGAAGCCUAGCAGUUUGGGCAGUAACUGCCCAUGGAAGGGUAAUGUUUCGUGUUGGUACAAGUACAACUUGUCCUGAAGGGCAAAGGUGGAGUGCUAUAAAAUUAGCUAGUGGUUACGAAGUAUGCCAAAUCAGUGUUGGAACAACUGGUCUUGUGUGGGCUGUGUUGAUGAUCGGUAAAGCACUCGUGCGCACAGGCGUUACUAGAGAAAAUCCAAUGGGAGAAGACUGGGCAGAAAUUGAUUCCCCUCAAAAAGACUUAAAAUUAAUACAAGUUAGCGUAGGAACAGAUGCUGUGUGGGCUGUAACUCAAGAUGGAGGUGUGUGGUUUAGAAAAGGCAUUAAAGGUGAAAUGAGUGGAGUUUGUGAACAAAUGGCUACUGGCACUGGAUGGGUAGAAAUGAUAAGUAAGAUGUCAUUAGUAUCAGUUGCUCCGAAUGAUCAGGUUUGGGCCAUCGGUCACGAAGAUCGAGGUUUAUAUUAUCGUACUGGUAUAACACGGUCGGAAUUAACAGGUAAAAAAUGGAGAAUAAUAAACGCACCCCUUCAGCUUAGUCGAGCAAGUAGUAACGCCAGUUUAUCAAGUAAUAGACAUAGUAUGUGUGGUACUCCUCAACAACAGCGACAUCAAAGUUGGGGAUCGUUGAAUCGACCACAUAGUACCAGCGAAGGUACUACGUUAAUUAGAGAGUGGGAAGAGCAGUCUCGUUCUGCACCAACGCCAACAUCCUUAAAAUUAUGGCAGCGUACAAAUGACGGUACCUCGACUAAAAAUCCACAGCAAACAUCAUUCCAAGAUAUAUACCUAAAUGAAGGGGAAAAAAAAUCUGCAAAUUCAUUAGAUAUGGCCGAUUUAAGUGAAGCUAGCGUAGCAAACAUAACUAUAUCAAAUGAAUCAUUGACUAAAACUGGCGAAUCUAUAGUAGUUUCUGGAAAAGGAAUGGGUAGUACUAUCAAGAUAAAUCCAGCUGCAUGGAGUCCUGUUCACUCGGUUGGCUCUAUGGUAGGUGUAGAAGCGCAUCCAGAAACAGAUGGAAGUAUAUUUGAUCCUGACUUAACUAGUGAUUCUGGUGUCUACGGAGAGGAUGAAAGUUCCGGUGCAAUGUACUGGGCCGAAUGUGACGCUUCUUGGUAUAAAGUAGAAGCAGGAGCAUGUUUCGUUGAUCCAGCCAAUCCUCCGAAAUGGAUUGCAGAUACUAAUGGUACAAGUCAUGGUGAUAUAGCAGAACCCUGGAGAAUAUAUAUUUUAGAAGAAUUGAAGAAAAGAUUACAGGAAAUAGAAUUUGAUCCAUUGAUAUAUGAAAAAGUUGUUGAAAAAUCAUCCUGGAUAAAAAAUAGCGAUGCAAAAUGUAAAGUUAAAGGCAGUACUACUUACGAAGAUUGUGUUAUCGAGUUAGAAUGGAUAAGUAGCGAUAGCGGAUCCUUGGAUUCUGGAACUCUAACUAUUUUGAAUUCAGAUGGAGCAACAACGAUCAUGCAGUUUCCUGUGUCUGAAAUUAUGUGUGUGGUAUGUUGUAGUGAACCAGGUAAUCCACGGAUUGCGAUUCACACUCCUCGAUUAUCUCGUUCUAAAGUACUUAGAUUGCAGUUUUCUAGCGACACUGAAAUGGAAGACUGGUUAUCGCAUUUAACUUCAGUUUCUUGCCAAAUGAACAAUGUUUAUGGAAAGCCAGGACCUAAUUCAAUUUGGGCUACUACUGCAUUAGGAGAUGUGUACGUAUACGAUCCUGCAGUUGUUGAUGAAAAUCAGUAUAGUAACGGCGUUUACGUGCAAGAAUUGGACGUUGCAGGAAAGGAUUUACCUUUUGAAUGUAUAUUACAAAAUGGUUUUGGCUAUGGCAGUUCCUUAGAAGUUACAGUUUGCAUUCACGAUGAUGCUGACAGAUUAUCAUUCAAUCUUGUCUGCUAUACAACAACAUUUGUAAAGCAAAAAUCUGUAAUGGAAAGCCACGAUGUUGCGUUACAUUUUAAUCCAAGACUUAAGGAAAAUAUAAUUGUACGAAACACGUAUCAAAAUGGACAUUGGGGCGAUGAAGAAAGAAACGGAGAUAGCCCGUUGAGAGCUGGUUCGGAUUUUACGUUAAAAAUCGUUUGCGAACCACGGGGAUAUAGAAUUUUGAUUGACGAUACAGAAUUUACUCUUUAUAGUCAUAGAAUAUCACCGCAAAGUAUUACACAUUUUCGAAUCAAAGGACUGAUGACAUUAUGCAGUGUUCUUUAUAAAUCAACAUCGGUAAUCAUUGAUCCAAUUACGAUGUUCUGGAGACAAAUGGGUGGCCAUUUGAAAAAAGUUGAAACUUGUUCCUCCGGUGUAACAUGGGGCAUAGGGUAUGAUAGUACUGCAUGGGUGUAUACUGGUGGUUGGGGUAGUUUAUCCCUAAAAGGAUUAGAUAGUAAUACGGGAAUAAACACUAUGGUAGAUACUCAUAAUUAUUACGUAUACGAAAAUCAGCGUUGGAAUCCGGUAACUGGAUAUACUUCUCAUGGUCUUCCAACAGAUCGUUACAUGUGGAGCGACGCAACCGGACGUCAUAAACGUACUCGAGAGCACACUAAACUGUUAUCAAUGCAUUGGCAUUGGGUGUCAGAUUGGAUAGUAGAUUUCCACACCCCUGGAGGUGUUGACAGAGACGGUUGGCAAUAUGCUACCGAUUUUCCUUCCCAGUAUCACGGUAAAAAACAAUUUACCGAUUACGUUAGAAGGAGAAGAUGGUUUCGAAGGUGCCAAUUAACAGCUAGUGGUCCUUGGCAAGAAUUAGGAAACACAAAAUUGACCGACGUUUCCUUAUAUGCAACAGACGAACCUAGCACGGAUGCUCCUAUAUACAUUUGGGCGGUAGCUUCUAACGGCGAAGCUUUAUUUAGGAGAGGCGUUUCGGAAUCGUGUCCAAUGGGCGUUUCUUGGGAACACAUACCCAGUGAUCAAGCUUUAGUAGGUAUUUCAUGUGGACCUGGCGGUCAAGUUUGGGCUGUCGGAAAGAACGGCUCUUCUUAUUGGAGGCUCGGCAUUACAUCUGUAAAACCUGCAGGCAUACAAUGGCAAAACGUUGAACCACCCUCGGGUGCUCACUUAAAACAAAUUUCUGUUGGAAAAGAUGUGGUGUGGGCAUUAGAUACAACUGGUAGAUUAUCUGUACGUCGGGAAGUCCAACUAAAUGUUUUCCCGGAAGGAACACAUUGGCAGACUCUUCCUGCGAUGCCAAACGAUCCUAUUCAUAUAGAUAUGUCUGUUAUAAACGCGAAACAAGGUUUUCGGCACGUCAGUGUUGCAAGAAAAGAGGGUCAAGUAUGGGCAGUUUCAGGAGCCGGUAUACUGUGUCGUAGAAUUGGUAUUACUGAAAAAAAUCCAGCAGGAACUGGUUGGGUGACCGGUAUAGGGGCGAAUUGGCAGUACAUAAGUGUCGGUGGUCUUGUAAAUAAAGCAAAAUAAAUACUUCAUUUUGAAAUAAAUGAAAAUCCUUGAAUUUGGAUACUCAAAGUAUUAUUACGUUACUAGAGAAUAUAACACUCUAGAAGUUUCAUUUGGUCAACAACUUUGUCACAUAAAUGAAGUACAUAUACACAUAUGUGUAUGUAUAUGUACAUGGCUUAGCUUUUGCAACUAAUUCAAUUUACUAUUAAAAGUGAUUAAACAAUAUAUUAAUUCCAUUCCUAUAGUUUUACCAUAAAAUUUUGUAUUAAAAUAUUGUCAGAACAUUUUUAAUAUAUGUAUUUAUAUAAUUCUUAAAUAAUUUAUAAUAGCACAAUAGUAUGAAGAUAUGAAAAAUAUUGAUUUUAUUUUUGAAUAGUUAUAUAUUAAAGAAAAAAAAACUAUGACUUAAUUAUACAAGAUGCCUUGUGUAGUUAUAUACUGUUUUUAUUCAUAUAAAAUAGUAAAAGUGGAACUGGCAAUGCAAAUUUUUGGACUUAAAAUUGUAAUGAAGUGAAAAAUCGUAUAUAAAUUUUUAUUUCAAUUCCUGUUAUGUAUUAAACGUUUCAUUUCAUAAAAAGCUUAUUGAAAAGUAUGUACUUAAACAGGUUGCUUAAAAAUGAAUGUUAUAGAUGUUUAAAAAAAAGUUAACAACGAUCAAUCUACAGUAUCAAGCACAGUAGGCCUUCCUAGUAACAAUAAGUAUAUAACUUAUAAAGUUUAAAAAUACCUAUAUGGACAGGAUGUUAAUCCCGAAAACUCGGGAAAGUCUACCAUGCUCGAUGCUGUACGUUAUUCUUAUUAAAACAAAUACCGUAUGAUUUUUCUCAGUGCUAAUUGAACGUUUGUGUAUUAAUUAACUUUAUUUAAUGCCUCUGACGUGAUCAUUUUAAGUUUAUCACCUAAUGUAAAUGUAUUUUAAAAGGGUUUUAUAUGUUUUAUCACAAGCAUUUUCGUUUAUAUCAUAUUUUAGAAUUGUAUUCUUUUGAGGAAAAUAAUUUUGGCUGAUUUUUAUAAAUAAACACAGAAA